UAGUAGUACAAGACGAUUCUGCGUUGCACGGAUGGUCGAGCGUGGUUGAUCGUGGUUGGUUCAGUUUAGUAGUCUUUUUUCGCUUAAUACUUCUGGUUAUAUUACAUCUUUAAUAUCACAGGAUAUAUCAAGGACAAUAACAUAUCAUGGUAUAUCAAAAGUUAACACAUAUGUGCCUUCGUUGUAUUCAAAACAAACGUACACUAGCGAAAGUCGUUGGGUUAACGUUUUCAUGGCUGUUGAUGUUCCAGCUUCUAGUACUGCUGUGGCUUCACGAGGAAAAGAAAGAUCAAAUCCCAAUACCACGGUUUUUCACUAAAAACCUUUCUUCCAAUCAGCUGGCUGCUCUAACCACUGCAAACAAUGAAAAAACGAAAACCCAGAAUUUUGUAGUAAUUACAUGUAAACGUCCUUCUAAUAACACCAAGGUCUCCGAUUUCAGAAUUAUUGACUCAGUUUCAAAUCUUCCGCAUGAUACAAAAGCCAAGUACAUCGUAAUAAUCCCCCACAGAACAAAGAAUUCUUCAUUGGGGUUAAACAUCUUGGAGAAAAAAGAUCAACGUAGUAUGAUGUUUCUGGCAGAAAUCCUGACCUCUCUUGAGGAUUUGGACGGCGCUACUUGUGUAUCUAAGGCGGUCUUGUCAGAUAUGGUGGAGACUUACGAUAUGUUUUCGAGAGAGUUACUCGGCCUUCCAUGGUCGAAAAUAUUUUUAAAUUCAUCUUGGUGUAAUUUCGCUAGAAGGAAUUGGAGUAUUCAGAUAAGGAACAGGGGGUCA